GGCCCAUAGCUAUGAGCCCGAAAGGCAAAGAACUGAAACUGGAGGAAGCAAGGAAACUCAGGACCCUGACCGUGAACACGAAGAAACCAGCCAUGUGAGCUUCGCUUACUUCGAUUUGAAUCUUCACACUCUUCACUCUUUUCCAGGUGCUUCUCACAAUGAUGGCUCCGAACCGAGUCUCAGAGGAUCGAGCCUCUCCACCUCAUCACUUGAGACAUACACCCUUGCAGAUAAUUCAUAUUGUUGCCAAUUUCAUGAGGAUAUGGUCAAUAUACUCCAUGUACCGCUACUUAUCCCAGACAGGAGCUUCAGUUGUUCUUUUUCUUUUUGCCUGCCUGGCCCCAGCAUCCAUUCUAUUUUUGGUUUUGCAAAAGCCUUGGAAGGGCAGGCCACUUUCUAAUACACAGGUUGUGCCUUCUAUAAUAAAUGGUUGUAUAACGGCACUAUAUCUGGUCUUGUGGGGAAAGGGACUGAAAUCAUGUGGACCAGUUAGAGCAAUAUUGGGUGAGUAUUCUGGUGCUGUCCUUGGAGUUCUGUCUGCUGUGUUAUACGGUAGGAGAAGCCAUAUAUGGAAAAAGAUAGGUGGUCUAAUUGCCAUGUUGGCUUCUUUAUACUUGCUAUCUGAAGGAUGGGCCACAGCAACAUAUUCUCCUUUCUCAUGGGAAGAUAGAGAUAAUUCUGAGGCUCAGACAGAACCAGUUUUGGGCAUGAAGCAAAUGUUAGUUCCUAUUUUUGCUGGUAUCUUAUCAGCUCUCAGGAGAGUGCUUGCUAGGCGCAUUUCAAUCAAGAAUCAACUUAAAAGGCGACUCCAUGCUUUAACUAUUGCUUCUGCAACGUGUUUUAUGUUUCCUAUUGCCAUGUGGGACAUGAUCAUAGGAUCACCUUCUGACAGCAAUGGAAAGUUGCCAUUCUCUGCUUGGGCAUUCUUUAGCACUAUUCUCUUUGGGAAUAUUGUGAUAUUCUAUGCUGACAGUAUUGCAGAGGAGAGAUUGCACAUGGUUUUCUCCUCACCAAGGCAUUUAGCCGUAGCUGGUGCCUGCAUCAUUGUAAUGGAGAUUGUGUACAAGAUGGAUUUUUCUCUUACGGGCUUCAUGAUUUGCUGCUUAAUAUUGGGUUUUGGUAUAUAUGAAGCAACUUCAUUGGAGCGCAAUAGAAAAGAUUCUAUCCGAAAUUCAGAUUUAUCAAAUGGAGAAUUUGACGAUCAAAUCCAGAUGUCACCACUACCUACUUGAAGUAUGUGCAUUUCAUUACCAACUUGAAGCUGUGUGAGAACACAUAGGAUGGAUUCUGUGGACCCAUAAACCUCUUGCUAUGUCUUGAGUUGCACUUUGUCACUGGCAAUUUCAUUUUGUGCACUAGUUACUGACAAGCUGUUACCCACUGUGAAGAUGUGUUAUCCUCCACUUCUGAGAAGUUCCAGCAUCUAGAUUGUUAUCCACCAGAUUCUUGAUGAUUGAUCUGAUCUUUUUGGGAGGUUGAAGUGCACUUUUAAUCUACAAAGUUCAAUAUUUUACUUCCUACAAGAUCAUUGUUAGUCUGGCAGUUCAUUGUGUAGUUUGGGAGAAAUUUUCUGUCACAAGAAAAAAAAAUCAUUAUUAGGGCUCCUGGUAGUAGUUCUUUGAUUCUUGUUGUAAUUGAACCUCCCAUAUGACUACACAUUUAAUGAAAUUAUUGAAUAUG